UGAUUUGACUCUUCUCCGUUACACAUCUCAUCUGCUGCGGUGCUUUAGCUGUUUUGUUGCGUUCGGUGCGCCGCUCCUGCAGUUGCUAUUGGCCGGCAUUGCUUUUACGCUUAGUGUGUAUCCGGUUCUGACGGCGGUUCGAUCGGUCACCGGUUCGCGCUUUGCGAGACCCGAUUACGACUUUGACGGCUCGUUGCUACCUGGUUUUGGGCCUGAGGGGUAGAGUGUGGAAGACGUGCCAUCCGCUAACAUCCUUGGCCGGUGAAUUCGCGUUGUGCCUCGUUUUUGGAUUGUGAAUCAUACGAACCGAUGGCUUCUCGAUCUCUCGAUUUAGAUCGGCUCUCACGAGAAUUGCGCGCGGCCACGGUUUCGCAUUUGUUUGUGUACAAUCAUUCUGUUUGGUUCGUUUUUGUGUAGUAUGCUAGAUGAGCAGGCGGAAACGGUUUAUUUGACGUGUUUUCUAUUGUCAUGGCGCAUGUAGCGGCAAAUGGUUGGAGGAAGAUUCCGGGUCACUCGCAAAGGAAAUAAAGCAAUCCGCCAAGGAAGGCAAUCAAUUUCUUGAUUGAUCUGUUUGACGGUAAAGUGAAUCGAAAGAACAAAUUGCUACAUGAGUUUUAUUGAACAUCGAUAUCAGAUUGAAUAGUAUUUACGAAUGUAACAAAAACGCUUCGAAUAAAAUAGAUUCAUGGUGUGUACUUGUGAAUGAGAUGUGAUAAUGCUCUAAAGUGCGUAAAGUUUAAGUUUAAUCGGCAGAACUGCUACAAACCAGCGAGAGCAAAACACAAGUGAUUUGAGUGCGGUAAAAGUGACGAACCUGUUUGCAGUUUCAACGGUCAAUCAAAAGUGAAGCACAAGUGAGGUGCAAUGAAACAGUACAUUGCACUGCUAUGACGAAUGUGUAGCUCUUAAGAUGUGUGUGAUUUAUUCGGUAAACUGAGUGCGUUUAAUGACAAGUGCGAAAAUCAUAUCCUAUAGAUCGGAAUGAAAUUUAAAAAUGAUAAUUAUUGCUGUUACGAAGCGCAAUUGUUUUGACUUGUAUUUUGCAUUUUGCACGACAAGUUAGUUAUCCCGACAAAGUUUACCCUACGCUAAUCAGCUUCACUUCACCACUUCUACACUUGAGCUGCUGGAAAGAUUUCCAUUGCAACGUUUCCAGUCAAUACAUUGCGAUUUGUUGAUGUGCUUUCCCGUAGUUAACCGUCUCAAGAUGAAUCAACAAUGCAAAGUAUGCGGCGAACCAGCAGCAGGAUUUCAUUUUGGAGCAUUUACAUGCGAAGGAUGCAAGUCCUUCUUCGGUCGCACGUACAACAAUUUGUCAUCAAUAUCGGAAUGCAAAAACAACGGAGAAUGUGUUAUCAACAAGAAAAACCGAACUGCAUGCAAGGCGUGUCGCUUGCGAAAGUGCCUUGUGGUCGGAAUGUCAAAGAGUGGCUCUCGUUACGGUCGGCGUUCGAACUGGUUCAAAAUCCAUUGCUUACUACAAGAGCAACAGCAACAGCAGCAAAAGUCUUGCAACAACAACAAUAACAGCAACAGUAACAACAACAACAAUAAUAAUAACGCUACCAUCAACAACACCAGCAAUGAAAACAGUAGCAAUAGUACCAGUUCUCCGGGAUUGUCAAUCUCCAAUGGAUUUCUUCCGAGCAGUUUUUUGUCGAACCUUUGUAACAACAACAACAACAACAAUAGCAGUGUAAACAAUAACAAUAAUAACAACAGUAUACACAAAAACAACAAUACGAUUAAGAAGAGCUUGAAACGUUCAAGUACCCCUAGCGAUUCCGGUGCAUCAUCUGCUGACCUGGAUGAGGGCGGAGGAGGUGGUGGUUGUGGUGACGGGAGCAGUUCAUAUAAGGAGCAACUUGUUGGCAGUGGAAUUAUGGAAAACGGUUUUAAAACACCGGAUCAUGUGGAGGUCAACCUGUCUAAGCUGCCGUUGAAAAUCUCCCGCACUCCACCGUCGUCAUCGGCCCUCCAGUCACUAGCCGAAACGUAUCGUCCUGCAUUGCUGGAUCGCAUGUCACCAUAUCUACCUGCCGUAUCGUUUCGAACCGAUGGAUCUCCCUUUUUCCCAGUGGCUUUCUCGAUCCCACCCGUAUCGCUGGCCAUGCUUUCCUCCGGGCAUGGCGGUGUUCAGCUAGGCAAGCGGGACGAGCAGAGCGAACCCAUUGACCUGUCCAUGAAGUCUUCUAAGUCAUCAUCUAGAUCCUCGUCCGAAUCUCCCCGACGAAUACACGAUAGUUCUCCACUACUGCCCGAUCCUAGUGUACCGGACGACCAGUCCGCGUCGACGGCGAUCGCCACCAAGACAGUUCCUCUCGAUCUUUCAACGUUUGUGCGUAGCAACAGUCUUCCUGGGUGAGCUAUUUUGCCAUACACAAAGACGUUGCACGUACUAUAUUACUACGGAACAAAGCUGUGUAAGCAUUUGCGGAGACAAAAUUCGUAACAAUUUAAAUUCCUCGCAGAAAUUAAGAAGACAGUAAUGUCAUGUAAUGCAGCACAGUAAAAUCUAGCAGUCACGUGAGAAUGACUAUAAGCAGUCAGUAAGGGACAAUUUUGCCAGUUAUGUUAACUCUUUGCUCCUAAAUGUCAGUACCAACCAUGUUAAAUUGAAACAUUCUGAAACUAUUACAGCGAUCAAGCAAAAGAAUGUUCGAUCUUACGUAUUAUUGCUUAACGAAUCAGAGCGAGUGUACAUAAAUCUUCUAUUAAGUAUCCAUUAAGUAGGUCGAUUUAGUUCACAUAUGGUGCCAGAUAUCAGUGUACAAAUUUUUCAUUAGGUGGUGAUUCCCGAAUCAGUUGCCAAGCUGGUGCGUGCUUCGUAAUUUAUUGCCAAACUCCUUUUGUUUUGUUCGUGAGGUUUGAACAAAUUCCAAAAGUAUUACUCGCUAACGACCACAAGCGCAAACAAUUGAUAAGAAAUGGAACUGUUACAAUAAAAUGAGUAGUAUUGCCCGCAUGUUCUGUAUCGAAAUAUGGUGCUAGACAUUUGCACGAAUUAAUUUAUGAACCUCGAUCUGUAGAUAGGAACACUUUGUUUAGCGAAUUUUUGUGUUUUUUUCUUUCUAAAAUGUAAGAAACUAUUUAUAAACUGAAUGCAUUUGUAGUGAAUAAAAACGUUUGUUUGUUUGAUUGUGUA